AUGGAGCCCUCACGCGAGCCACCAUGGGCAGAGCACGAAAAGGUAUACUUACUAGCUGAAGUGCUAAAAGCUGCUCAAGUACCCUCUCAUGUUCUCUUUGCAUUCAUACGCGAUUCCAACAUCCAGCCGCGAUGGAACGACAUGGCGUUGCCUCCUGGACGGUCUGUCCGCUCUAGCCAAAUGGCAUUCGAUACUCUUGCAGCAACCUACUCUGUGCCGGGACAAGACUACCGGCGUCCUCACUUACCAGCCCCAAUGAUGUACCCAGGUCCCGAAGUCCCUAAGAAGCGACCACAUCAGCCGGAGACAUCCACCCCGGUUGGGCGACUACUACAACCUCGCCCGCCUCAUUCCUACCCGGGAGAAUAUAUACCCGCCGGUCCUGCCUAUCCCUCAGCUGUACAUCCGCAGGGCGAACCGACGCAUAAGAAAAAGCGCGGAAGACCGACAAAGGCCGAGGCGCAACAAAGAGCACAGGAAGCUGCAGCGAGGGGUGAAGUAUAUCCCCCUCCAAGAAGGGGGCGGCAGUCUCUCACGGGGCCACCGGAACAAUCGCCACUAGGCCCAGAUCCACGACCGCUCGACCGUACCACUCCUCCAACAACGUCUUCUUCUCAAGCACCUCCUGUCCAGACGCCACAGCAACAAACUGGAGUCGAACAAGGGUCAGAAUCAUCAUCGGAAAAGAGAAAACGUGCAAGACCGCAGCCGCUAGAGCUGGAGAAACUCCACACACCCACCGGCAUGGGAUCCCCCCUCACAUAUGGAUCGGGCGAUCUUGGUCGCAAUCAAGCAUAUUCAGCAUUCACGCCAAACUCUGCGCCUUUGCCUUCGUCAACAGAAACAAGGGACAGAGAUGUCCGCAUGGAAGGAGUCGAAGAGACUCAAGCACGAACUACAACACCUCACUCGUUUAAAGACACGGUCGGCAUAUAA